AUGUCGCUCCGAUUUUCCAGCGGGUCCAGGCACAUCUGCUUGCGGUCUGGACCCGGCUCUGUCAGACCGGCCAGUGGCGCUGCGGGCUUUGCGGGCAGCAGCACGUGUGGCAGCCCCCUCACGGGAAACGGACUGUCCUGUGCCUUGGGAGGGGGCUUGGGCAGCGCCCCUGGAGGGAACCACACUGGCGGGGCCCUCGGAAAUGCUGCCUGCACCGGCUUCGCUGGAAGCGAGGGGGGUCUCCUGUCGGGCAACGAGAAGGUGACCAUGCAGAAUCUCAAUGACCGUCUGGCCUCCUACCUGGACAACGUGCGCGCUCUGGAGGAGGCCAACGCCGAGCUGGAGAGGAAAAUCAAGGGCUGGUAUGAGAAAUACGGACCUGGAUCUUGCCGGGGACUUGAUCACGACUACAGCAGAUACCACCUAUCCAUUGAAGAUCUGAAGAAUAAGAUCAUCUCUUCCACCACUGCUAAUGCUAAUGUCAUUCUGCAGAUUGAUAAUGCCAGAUUGGCUGCUGAUGAUUUCCGGCUAAAGUAUGAGAAUGAGCUGGCCCUCCACCAGAACACAGAGGCUGACAUCAAUGGGCUGAGGCGGGUUCUGGAUGAGCUGACACUCUGCAGGACUGACCAGGAGCUGCAGUAUGAGUCCCUGAGUGAGGAGAUGACAUAUCUCAAGAAGAACCACGAGGAGGAGAUGAAGGCCCUGCAGUGCGCGGCUGGCGGCAACGUGAACGUGGAGAUGAACGCGGCGCCUGGCGUGGACCUCACCGUCCUGCUCAACAACAUGCGCGCGGAGUACGAGGACCUGGCGGAGCAGAACCGCAGGGACGCCGAGGCCUGGUUCAACGAGAAGAGUGCCUCGCUGCAGCAGCAGAUCUCCGACGACGCGGGCGCAGCCACCUCGGCCCGCAGCGAGCUGACCGAGCUGAAGCGCGCCAUGCAGACCCUGGAGAUAGAGCUGCAAUCCCUGCUCGCCACGAAACACUCUCUGGAGUGCUCCCUGACCGAGACCGAAGGCAACUACUGCACUCAGCUCGCCCAGAUCCAGGCCCAGAUCGGGGCCCUGGAGGAGCAGCUGCACCAGGUCAGAACCGAGACCGAGGGCCAGAAGCUGGAGUAUGAGCAGCUGCUGGACAUCAAGGUCCACCUGGAGAAGGAAAUCGAGACCUACUGCCGCCUGAUAGAUGGAGACGGGACCUCAUGCUCCCAAUCCAAGGGUUUUGGAUCAGGAAGCUCGGGAAAUUCAUCCAAAGAAUUAUCCAAAACCACACUGGUAAAGACAGUAGUUGAAGAAAUAGAUCAACGUGGCAAAGUUCUCUCAUCAAGGGUUCACUCCAUUGAAGAGAAGACAGCCAAAGUGGCCAGCGGAAAGGCAGAGCAGAGGGUUCCUUUCUAG